UAGAAAAUUUUCUCGAUUCGAAACACAAGUUAAGGAAUUACGAUGGAUAAACUUACGUGUUACUCGCAUUAGUAAGCAGAAUUUACUUUUCCUAGUAACUAACUCAACGGACACUCAACAGUAUGUCAACGACAGUACAAUCUCUAUCAUUAUCAAAACUACAAUACAAAACCAAAAAUGUGACCCAGAAUCAAGCGUUCAAUCAUACGAUCCUAGUCAAACAUACGAUCAAAGUCAUUAUGAUCCUUCUUUAUAUAGUCAAGAUCCUUCGGCACAUUAUCAAUAUACCCAACAGGGCAAUCCGGGAGAUCCUCAAAAUGAUGGCUCAAGUUUUUAG